AAGAAUUUUGUGGCAUUCACUGACUGCUUUAUAAGUUGUUAAGAAUUUAACAUAGUGGCACAACAGAGCAGUUAACUUGAAACACUCUGCAAUACUACAAUACGUAUUGAAUCUGAAACACUGCUCCAAUGAAUAUCACCAAUUCUCCUGAAGACAAUUCUAAAGAAUACUGGGUUUUGCUUGUUAUAAUGCACUUUAUCAUUCUUGUUGUGGGAUUUCUCGGAAAUGCAUUUGUUCUUGCAGUAUACACAUGUUCAAGGAAACCAUUGUGCACGAUGGAUGCCUAUUUAAUAAACCUGUCAGUUUCUGACCUUUUAUUAGCAUUUACUUGCUUAUUCUAUUUAACUAGCCUCAUUGAUAAAUGGAUAUUUGGUGAAGCUAUGUGUAAAAUCAUUUCUUUGUUAAAUGAAACAGUCUUCACAUCCAGCAUGUUUACUGUGGCCUGCAUUGCAUGUGACCAGUACUUUGCAACUGUAAAAUCAUCCAGCUGCCCUAUAAGGAAGAAUGCAGUACCAACUUACAUAAAAGUCAUGCUUCCAAUCAUCUGGCUAUUAUCCCUUCUGAUUGGUAUUCCUGAUUAUUUUGUUUAUGAGGAAGAAACAACUAAUGCUACUACUCAAUGCAACAUUUCUUUGGACCUACUAACUAAACAAGAGUAUUACAUGAUAUUAGUAUUACAGGUAACAUUUCCAUUUUUUAUACCAUUAAUUGCUAUUCUUUUCUGCUAUGUUGCAAUUCUCUUUAAAGUGAGGAGUACAUCUAUUUUACAAAAAAGACGUGUCUACAAAACAGUUCUUGGUCUAAUAUCUGUCUUUUUGCUACUUGAGGCUCCUUAUCAUAUUUGUAUUUUUAUGGAAAUUAUAACAAUUUCUACAACCUGGGAUGAAAUCACCUUCCUACUUGCAGCUUUUUCCAGUUGUAUACAUCCUUUUCUUUAUGCCUUAUUGUGGAAAAAAUUUAGGAAAAGGGUUAUAAAAAUUACUCCAUCAUUUGCAAAAAAUGGGAAGACUCUAAAAAAAGCUGAAAAGCACAGUGAUUCUUCCAAAGAAAUUUAGUCAACAACAAUAUCUUAAAUAAACCAGGAAACAAGGGACCAACAAAAAGAAUCUGUUUUACCCAAGCUCACAUUCACUUAGUUAGAAACAGCAUGUUUUGGGACUACAGGAUUACAAGUUAAUCUACCUCCUCAACAAUAUUACUCUGUUAUGACUGUAGCAGUAUCCUGUAGCCUGCAUGAUUUAACUUAAGCAAUUUACAAAUUUAAGCACUUUACAGUUAAUUAAAGCUGAAAAUGAAUACAAGAUUUAUAAGAGAAAUUAGGGAAGGUUAAGUUUUUUAACUUGAACCUCAAAUACCUGGGUGUUAAUAAAGAAAAAGUAGGUUGUUUUGUGAUUAUUUUGAUUCACGUACUGUGUGUUUUUAUUGUAUUGAAUUUAGUAAAGCUGUUCUUAUUUAUUUUGUCCUUUUCACAUCUUUUUUUGUUUAUUAAUACAACAUUAAAGGUCAAAUAAAAAACUAUCUUUGUCUGAAAGAACUCCAAAAUCUGUUUAUUAGAUGAUCCAAUUCAACAGUACUGUACAAUGCAUGUUAAUAAUUUCUUUGCCACAUACAGAACCGUACCUGUCCAUUGAAUGUUAGUGUAUAAAUAUACAACCUGGUGCCUUUAUGUAAAGCAGAACAUUUGAUUAUUCCAGACCUAAGAAAGUCAACUGAUAUGAUUCAUGUCUAUUUUUCAACUCUUAGAACAAUGGCCACAUACUCCAGAGAGUUCUGGUACUUGUUCUUCCACUGUCACUUUCAUGGCUUACAACUUUGACAAAAUCAAGGUUUUAUGCCUUUUAGGUUUUCCUUUUC